CAGCCUUAGCGACGCCAAAGAUCAAGUAUUUUCGUGGAGCUGGAUUUGCCAUCCAAUACGCAAACUUUUUACUUCUAAGUGAGGGUAAGUGGUGUUCAAAUAUGGCCAGUGAAGCUGAAGGAGAUGCAGGUAAUGGUGCCAGACCAAGCCCUAGUGGUUCUGUCGUGAGAGUAGAGACAGCUGGAGGGAAUAAGAUAGAGAUUAAUGAUGUUUGGACAACUAGAAUAUUGGUGACCGCCGUCUCUGGGACUGGAAUUUAUGUGGUAAAAAGUUUAGUAACUUUUUUCCGUGAGAAUCCAAAAUUGGUUACAGAUGUAGUAAAAUGGGCUUUUAAAGGUUGGGGUGAAGCUACAGUCAAGCCUGGGUCAAUUAUUGUUGACUUGGAUUUUGGAUCACAGGAGAAAUUUUUAAAGUUUAAAGAAGACUUUAAGGAUGGAAAAGUUAAAGAUGCAUUGGAGAGAGGGUUAGGAGAAAUUGGCUACAAUGCCAAACUGGAAUUAAAACUCAUAAAGGAAACUCCCAAUGUGGCUGCAGUCGAAAUGAGCAAAGAAACUGUGAUACGAGAGACCAAGAAAGUUUCAUUUGCAUAUUCCAAUCCUAGAGUUGUGUCCCAUGGAGAAAGGAAAGAAGAAAAAGAGAGUGAUCAGGAAGCCGAAGUAAAAGAGAAUCCAGAAGGGACAGACAACCCAGCCAAAGAAGACAUUCAGUCACCCUCUCAAAAGCGUAAAGAAGGUACCAGAGACUUUUCAUUUGCCAAUUUUUGUUUCCUGGAAACAGAGAAAGGUUUAAGUCCAUAUAAUUGUGAAAUAAGUUGUCAAAAGAGAAUCAUUCUUGAACAGUAUAGUGCUUAAAGGCCUUCUUAAUUUUAAUAGCUCUGUUAAUAUUUGAACAUAUUUAUCUCAGAAUCAACUGGAUAUAGUUAUAGUAAGGUUGUAUGAACCUGAAACAGGCAUGUCUCUUUUAAUUGUAAUAGUUUGUGUGAAGAACUAUAAGAUGUUAGCAAUUAUAUAAAUAAUAAGUUUGGACGAUAAAGUAAUAAACAAAAAUCAACAUUUUAACAAAUCAUUAUAUUGAUGGUAAUCAUGCUAAUGGAGAAUACAAAUAACUUAGGCCACCACUUAAGAGUGUUUGAGAAAAUACAUUGCCACUGACUAGAAGAGCCUGCUGUUUUUAACUAAUGGCAGUUAUUGGGUAAAUUUUAUUUCAAUAGAUCAAAAUGAACCACUUAUUGUCUAAGCUUGCAAUACCAGGAUCCAUAUCUUAGCCUGAAGAACAGGUGUAAAUUCUUUUGCCUUUUUCAGUAGAAUUGAGGCAAGCAUGAGGCAGGCAUGAAGUCAAGGGGAGGAGUUAUUAUUUGCACUCCUACCCUGUGCAUGACUUAUCUUCAUUUGCCUGAAAAACGCAACAAAUUAUUCCUGUUCU